GCGGGUGUCCGCCUCAUGUGCGGCGCUGGGAUCCAGAACGGUUGGCGCUGACGGAGCAGCGAGGGGCGGGAGCCCGGGCUAGGCCGGCGCUCCGGGUUGGAGCCAGCGGCCGGGAGGAACCAGCAGUUUCCCUCCCGCACCCCGCGCCCCCCUCCGCGCCGCGGGACCGACCCGAGCUGGGAAACCGCCGUCGGGGCGGGCGAGGGAGGGCCCUCCCACCGCAGCUUUGGUGGCGUCCAGGCGCUGGGAGCCGCCGCCCCGCCACCUCUGCCUCACGGGCUGCGCUGACGGCCCUGGCCGGGGAGCGCCGCAGGCGGAUGGGGGCGCCUCUCCGCCCCGCCUGAGCUCAGGAGGGGCAGAGCGGAGCGCUGGGCCCGCCUCCUGCCGCCAGAGAGGCCGCGCGAACAGCAGGAGGAGGAGCAGCGGGCGCCGAGCUUCUCCCUGCGGGAGCCCCCAGCAUGGUUGACUAUAUUGUGGAGUAUGACUAUGAUGCUGUGCAUGAUGAUGAAUUAACUAUUCGAGUUGGGGAAAUCAUCAGGAAUGUGAAAAAGCUACAGGAAGAAGGAUGGCUAGAAGGAGAACUAAAUGGGAGAAGAGGAAUGUUUCCUGACAAUUUUGUAAAGGAAAUUAAGAGAGAAACAGAAUCCAAGAAUGACAAUUUGCCUGUCAAACGGGAAAGGCAUGGGAAUGUAGCAAGUCUUGUACAACGAAUAAGCACCUAUGGACUCCCAGCUGGAGGAAUUCAACCACAUCCACAAACCAAAAACAUUAAAAAGAAGACCAUGAAGCGUCAGUGUAAAGUUCUCUUUGAAUACAUUCCACAAAAUGAGGAUGAACUGGAGCUGAAAGUUGGAGAUACUAUUGAUAUUAAUGAAGAGGUAGAAGAAGGCUGGUGGAGUGGAACCCUGAACAACAAGUUGGGACUGUUUCCCUCAAAUUUUGUGAAAGAAUUAGAGGUAACAGAUGAUGGUGAAACUCAUGAAGCCCAGGAGGAUUCAGAAACUGUUUUGACUGGGCCUAUCUCAUCUUUACCCUCUCUGGGGAAUGGGAAUGAAAUGACACCUGGAUCAGUUACACAGCCAAAGAAAAUUCGAGGAAUUGGAUUUGGAGAUAUUUUUAAAGAAGGCUCCGUGAAACUUAGGACAAGAAUAUCCAGUACUGAAACAGAAGAGAAAAAACCAGAAAAGCCCUUAAUCAUGCAGUCUAUAGGAUCCAAAACUCAGAGUGUGGACACAACAAAAACAGACACUGAAGGUAAAAUUAAAGCUAAGGAAUAUUGUAGAACAUUAUUUGCCUAUGAAGGUACUAAUGAAGAUGAACUUACUUUUAGAGAGGGAGAGAUAAUCCACUUAAUCAGUAAGGAUACUGGAGAAGCUGGCUGGUGGAAGGGUGAACUUAAUGGUAAAGAAGGAGUAUUUCCAGAUAAUUUUGCUGUGCAGAUAAAUGAACUGGAUAAGGACUUUCCAAAACCAAAGAAACCACCACCUCCUGCUAAGGGUCCAGCUCCAAAGCCUGAGCCAAUAGCUUCAGAGAAGAAGUAUUUACCUAUGAAGCCUGAAGAAAAAGAUGAAAAAUCAGUGCUGGAACAAAAACCUUUUAAGCCAGCUGCUCCACAAGUCCCACCCAAGAAGCCUACUCCACCCACCAAAGCCAAUAAUUUAUUGAGAUCUCCCGGAACAGUGUACCCAAAGCGACCUGAAAAGCCAGUUCCUCCACCACCUCCUGUAGCCAAGAUUAAUGGGGAAGUUUCUACCAUUUCAUCAAAAUUUGAAAGUGAAUCACUAUCAAAACCAAAGCUAGAUUCUGAACAGUUACCACUUAGACCAAAAUCAGUAGACCUAGAUUCACUGACAGUUAGGAGCACCAAAGAAACAGAUCUUGUAAAUUUUGAUGACAUAGCUUCCUCAGAAAACUUGUUACAUCUCACUGCAAAUAGACCAAAGAUGCCAGGAAGAAGGUUGCCUGGCCGCUUCAAUGGUGGACAGUCUCCAACUCAAAGCCCAGAAAAAAUGUUGAAGUUACCAAAAGAAGAAGACAGUGCCAACUUAAAGCCAUCAGAGUAUAAAAAGGAUUCCUACCCUGCAAAGUCAUCUUCAUACCUUUCAACACCUUCAAGUGCUUCUAAACCAAAUAUGGCUGCUUUGGUAACUCCAUUAGACAUCAAAGCUAAGGUAGAAACAGAUGAUGGGAAAAAAAAUUCCCUGGAUGAACUUAGAGCUCAGGUUGCUGAAUUGCUGUGCAUCGUAGAAGCACUGAAAAAGGAUCAUGGGAGAGAACUGGAAAAACUACGAAAAGAUUUGGAAGAAGAAAAGGCAAUGAGAAGCAAUCUAGAGGUGGAAAUAGAAAGGCUGAAAAAAGUAGUUCUGUAUUCUUGAAGAUACAUAGAACCAAUGUUUUUAACGUUCGAGGGACUCAGAUGCAACACUAUGAACUUCAACUGACUUGUUACUUAAAAUAACAAAUGCUGAUGUCAUGAUAAAGAAAUAAGAGUGUAUGAAUUAUAAUACCUAUAGAAAAGUGGAGGGUGAAUGUUCUUUAUAUAUUUUAUUUUGCCAAUAUGAAGAAAAUGAGGCCUUAUUCCUUAUGUGCUGGAAUUGCAAACUUUCUCUUUUUUUUUAGUUUGCUUGAAAAUACUACUGAAUCUGUAUAAAAAGGAAAGUUCACAAUAGUUUUUUUUUAUUGAGACAUGUAUUAUUUUUAAAGAGAUCUAUACUAUAAAUAUGGUGAUAUCUUCACAAAUAUCUGUAAAAUGUACUAUUUGAGAGGGACAGAUUAGCUUUAUAGUAACUAUAGUCACUACUUUUCCCAUAAUACAUAAGGGAUAUAAACUUUGUAUAUAUAUUUUUUACUAUUAGCUUUUUAUCCAGGAUGACACUGUGGUGUCUCUUUGCAGUGCUGUUUAUACUUUGGGGAUGAAAUAGGAGUUUCCUAGCUUUAAACCAGAUUAUUCACCCAGGCAUAUAGUAAUAACUAAUGAAGUGAUCCAAAUAAUUUCUUCAGCCUUUAGAAUAUUUUAUAUUGCUUGCACUAUAGGAUUCAUAAAAGGAAUUUAGUUAACGUGUAUUGGGUUGCUAAGUUUAUUUGGGAAAAUACGAGCUGCAUUUUAAAUUGAUUAGGUUUAGAAAACUGAAAAUGUCAACAUAACCCUUGUGCCUAGAAACUAUAGCACAUACAAUAAGCAAACACCAGCCCUAUUGCUGUACUUUUCUGCUUUUUUUUAUAGGCCCAAAUAAUACUCAUUUUAUGAUCUUGUGACUUAAUUAUUUGUGUCCCUCCCUCUGAUUUUUAAUAAUGAUAAUUUUAGGAAGACAAAACUCAAAGCUUUCAGAACUUCCAUGUGAGAGGUUUCAUACUUUGACAGGUUGUCGUGUGUAUACUCAGGUUUUACAAUUUGUAAUUUACCUAAUAGACCCAACUAACUGGGGGAGCAGUUUUGGGCUGUCACUUAGGUACCAACUUUAUAAAGUGUUAGUAUAUCACAAACUAAUAUUACAAAUAUUUAAAACCAAGUAUAGUUGACCGUAUUCAAAACAUAUUUUCACAAAAUAGAUGAAUUCACAGUUUCUUCAGAGUCACUUAGGAACAGUUGAAUGUUUUAAAAUGUUAAUAUGUCUCAAAAUGUGGGUUUAUAUUAAAAGUAGAAAAUUUGAACUUUCUCAUUGCAAAAAACAGAUUUUUAAGCUUUAUUAUAGCAAAUGACAUUCAGAUUUUGAGUACUAUCUUUCCUGCUUCCAUUUUAUUUUACUUUAAGCCACCAAACCUUAAUUUUUUUCUUCUAAGUUUUAAUUAGUUAUAAUACUGAAAUCUUAUGUUAGUGAAUUUCAUCAUGUUUCAAGUACAAGAGAUCUGGAGUAGAAAAUUUUAGAAAUUCCAGUACGUAAUUACUUAAUGUGAAAUUCACAACCUACAUUAGUGCUUUUGGGGAAACGUGAUUAUGCAUUGAUUAUGUCCAUUUUAUCUCUAAAGUCCUGGGGUGCUUCUGCUGAGGUCACUACUGAACAAAGUUGUUUAUUCUGUUCUAAUGUUUUAAAAUGAUUUGUCAAAUGAUUACCUUCUCGUUAAAUAAAUUAGAAAUGACUAUAUUUUAAUGGACGUCCUUAAAAAUAAAACAGUGUAUUUCAGAAAUCAUCCUCCAGCUUUCUAAAUGGAAAAUCUAUUAAGUAAUUCUCUCUGCCAAAACAUACACUUUGUAAUGGGCUGGGGAAUAUUUCCAGCAGAUUCAGGCUAUUCUUAAAAUUUUCAUUGCUCAUUUUCUCACUAGAGUGUAAAAUCAAGAUGAUCAUGAGUACUGAAAUAGAUUUAAAGUUAUUUGCUUGUAUACUCCUCAUUCAGAAUAGAAAAAUAAUUGAAAUACUGGUCUCUUGUUUUUUUUCCUUUGACCAAAUAGUAAAGAAAAGAAAACCAAACUCAACCUCACAGGGAAAAAUAAUUAGUCUAGCAAUUUGCUUGUAUUUGCUCUUGAUACGACAAUUUAAUUCCUCUUCAUAAUGUUCAUAUUACAAAGUGGUAUGUAGUAAUAAUAGCUGUUUGUUACUGGGGUGGUAAAUCAUUUUCUUCUGUAAGUGCAAAAGAAAGACUGGAGGUGAACAGCAUGGAAUCGAGCUGUCAUUGCCAAAUUAUUAGUGAAUGUAUUUUUCAGGUUUGCUAUUUGAAAACACAUAAUGUCACUAAUUUUCCUAAUUGUAUUUCAGCAUUAGGAGGAUUGUGUGUGUGCAUGUGACCACUAAGCUUUCAGUAGUUUGGUCUUACUAUAAAGCUGUUUACCUCUUUACAAAAUUUAAGUCUGAAGACAGGAAGAAAGAAUGGGCCUGGUGUAACAGAGGAUUCUCUUUUUUAAGCUUCUUAAUAUGAUCACAGGAAAAAAACCCAAGUGCUUUCUUUCUACAUUUGUUGAUGAACAUUUUAUGCUUGCAUUUAAACUUGAAAUGUAUGAACAAAGUGAGACAAUCAGUUAAAAUCAGAAAUGAGAAGUGUUAAAAAUGUAAUGGCUUUGUUUUGCUUUAGCAAUAAGAUGACCAAGUGCAAUGACUUGAUUUAAUAAAAUCAUCUUUUAAAAGUU